GCGACGUCUUAUUAUUACAUUAAAUUAAAAUCUACGCCGCCGUGAUGAGUGUCGCCGGCGUCUACCGUUUGACUCUUUCUCUCCCGCCGAUAUGUUAUCUCCAUACCUUCAGCAUUCCCGUUAAUGGGAAUCACACUCCAUCUCUGCUACCACACCGCUACUCUGUAUUCCACCAUAGUCGCCGAUUGGUUACCUCUUUUUGUCACAAAGCUUCGAAUAAAUCUGAUGCUGAGGCUGAGCCUUCAUAUGGUGAAGGUGAAAUGUUGGAUAAGAAUGGGACAAGCAGGAGCAACCCGUUCGUUUCAGAAGAGCUUCUCAAGAAGUUGAAGAGAUAUGGACUCUCUGGAAUAUUAUCCUAUGGGUUACUUAAUACGGUAUAUUACUCCACAGCUUUCCUCUUGGUGUGGUUUUAUGUGGCCCCAGCACCGGGAAAAAUGGGUUAUCUUGCUGCGGCUGAGAGAUUUCUUAAAGUGAUGGCCAUGGUCUGGGCUGGAAGCCAAGUUACUAAACUCAUCAGAAUAGGAGGGGCAGUUGCACUUGCACCUAUUGUUGAUAGAGGAUUGUCGUGGUUUACAGUAAAAUGCAAGUUUGAAAGUCAGGGAAAAGCUUUUGGCGCAUUGGUUGGGAUAUGUCUUGGUCUGGCUUUGAUGCUAUUUGUCGUUGUGACACUGCUUUGGGCAUAGCACAGUACAUUAAGUACGGGUUUUGGCUUUUCUUGUUUAAAAGAGAUAAUAUGUGUAAGAGAUAAUUUCAAAAACAUGGGAGCAAGCAAUGUUUCCAGAGAAUUUCAGUCUC